GCCCGCCUCUGUCACCGGGAGACAGUCCACUUAAAUGCAGCUCCAGGGCUGCAGGACCCCCACCAGCAUCACUCCCCGUGUGAGGUGGCAAAUGCAACAUGCUCUCCAGCUUGGGGUGUCUACUUCUCUGUGGAAGUAUUGCACUAGCCCUGGGAAAUGCACAGAAAUUGCCAAAAGGUAAAAGGCCAAACCUGAAGGUCCACAUCAAUACCACGAGUGACUCCAUCUUCCUGAAGUUCCUGCGUCCAAGCCCUAAUGUGAAACUAGAAGGGUUUCUCCUGGGAUACGGCAGUAACUUAUCACCAAACCAGUACUUCCCUCUUCCCGCAGAAGGGAAACACACUGAGGCCGUAGUUGAUGCCGAGCCUAAAUAUCUGAUUGUCGUGCGGCCCGCUCCUCCUCCCAGUCAAAAGAAGUCAUGCUCAGGUAAAGCACGAUCUCGCAAACCUCUCCAGCUGGUGGUUGGCACUCUAACACCAAGCUCAGUCUUCCUGUCCUGGGGCUUCCUCAUCAACCCUCACCAUGACUGGACAUUGCCAAGUCACUGUCCCAAUGACAGAUUUUAUACAAUUCGCUAUAGAGAAAAGGAUAAGGAAAAGAAAUGGAUUUUUCAGCUCUGUCCAGCCACUGAAACAAUUGUGGAAAACCUAAAGCCUGACACAGUUUAUGAAUUCGGGGUGAAAGACAAUGUAGAAGGUGGAAUUUGGAGCAAGAUUUUUAAUCACAAGACUGUUGUUGGAAGUAAAAAAGUAAAUGGAAAAAUCCAAAGUACCUAUGACCAAGCCCACACAGUGCCAGCAUAUGUCCCAAGGAAGCUUAUCCCAGUAACGAUUAUCAAGCAAGUGAUUCAGAAUGUUACUCACAGGGCCUCAACUAAAUCCCCGGAUAGGACUCCCUAUGGAGGAACAAUACUGGUUCACCUUGUUAUUCCAGGUCUUAAUGAAACUACCGUAAAACUUCCUACCUCCAUAAUGUUUGAGAUUUCAGAUGCAAUCAAGACACAGUUAGCUAAGAAUGAAACCUUGGCAUUGCCUGCUGAAUCUAAAACACCAGAGGUAGAAAAAAUCCCAGCACAACCCAUAACAGUGACUCCUGGAUCAGUUCCAAGAACCACUAAACCCACUGUGUCUAGUGCGUUAGACAUUUCAGAAACAACACUGGUUCUCAGGGGAAGGACACCUGAAACAUCGCAAACUGUUUUAAUACCUAGGUUUGAACUGCCACUGAGCACUCUAGCUCCAAAAAGGCUUCCAGAAUUUCCUCAGGCAAAAGCACCCUUCCCUUUUGAGAAACCUGGGGGCACCUUGGCUUCAAGUGAAAAGCCAUGGAUUGUGCCUACAAGUAAAAUAUAUGAAGAUUCCAAAAUUCUACCAUCUCAAACUGCCACUUAUGAUGUUUUCUCCAGCCCUACAACAUCAGAUGAGCCUGAAAUAUCAGAGCCCCACACAGCAACAAGCGAUCCAUUUCUGGAUUUUGUCCCACCUAAAACUUCUAGAACUCUUGAACAGCCAAGGGCAACACUGGCUCCAAGCGAAAAACCAUUUGUUCCUCAAAAACUGGAUAUCUUUACCAGUCCUGAAAUGCAAGCUACAACUCCUGCUCCCCUGCAAACUACAUCUGUCCCUUCUACACCUAAACGACGCCUCAGGCCCAAAAAGCCAAGAACUAAACCUGAAAGAACCACAAGUCCUGGAACAAUUACAUCUAAAAUUUCUAAAAGCCCUGAACCUACACGGACAACACUGGCUCCCAGUAAAACACAAUUUAUUUCUUUGAAACCUAAAAUCCCUCUCAGUCCAGAAGUGCCACACACCAAACCUGUCUUAGAACCUGGAACACUGGCAACUAAACCUUCAACAACAACAUUAGCUCCACCAAAGACCAAACGACCAGGUCGUCGCCCCCGCCCUAAAACUACACCUAGUCCAGAUGUGCCCAAGUUCAAACCUGCUCUGGAACCUGCUACGGUACCACCGGAGCCCUUGGUGCCCACAAUCGAUUCAAAACCACCAAAGCAAUUACUUCCUAAACCCAAAACCACAGCAAAACCAGAUACGCCACCACCUAAAUCCGUCUUUGAGCCUGUCACUUUUGAGCCCGAAGCAUCCUCCACAGCCAUAGUUCCUGACACAGACAUUGAACCUGUAACUCUGAGAACUGAGGCUCCUUGGACCACAGUAGCUCCAAAAACAUCACAAAGAACAAGAACACGUCAUCCACGUCCACGUCCCAAACAUAAAACCACGCCGAGCCCAGAGACACCUCAGGCCAAACUAGACUUUGAACCUAUUACUUCUGGGACAUCUUUAGCUCCAACAACAACAACAAAGAGACCCCGUCGUCCUCGUCCCAAACCUAAAACCACACCCCAUCCAGAAGUACCUCAGACCAAAUUGGUUCCUGCCACAAUCCUUGAACCAGUUUUUCUUAGGACCGAGGCUCCAGGGACGACAAUAGCUCCCAAAGUGCCUCAACGAACUCGUCGUCCACGUCCCAAAUCUAAAACCACACCGAGUCCUGAAGCACCUCAUACUGAACCGGUUCCUGCUACAGUCCUUGAACCAGUCACACCUAUAAAAGAGGCUCCAGGGACAGCAUCCGUUCCUGUUACAGACCUUGAACUUGUUACUUUUACAACUGAGACUUCUGGAACCACAUUAGCUACCAAAGCAUCACAAAGACCUCGUCGUCCACGUCCCAGACCUAAAACCACACCGAGCCCUCAAGUACCUCAGACCAAACCGGUUCCUGCUACAGUCCUUGAACCUGUCACUCUUAGACCAGAGGCCCCUGGAACAACAUUAGCUUCUAAAACAUCACAACAGACAAUUCGUCCACAUCCCAGACCAAAAACCACACCAAGUCCUGAAGCACCUGAAUCCAAACCAGUUCCUACUGCAGACUUUGAACCUGUUACGUUCAGAACUGAGGUUUGGGUGACAACACAAGCUCCUAAAACAUCAAAACGGACCCGUCGUCCACGUCUCAAACCUAAAACCAUACCAACUCCUGAGGCACCUCGAACCAAACCGGGUAAAUUUCCUACCACAGAUCUUGAACCUGGUACUCUUAGAACUGAAGCUCCAGAGAUCGUGGUUCUUCCUACAGCCCUUGAACCUGUCACUCUCAGAACCAAGGCUCCGGAAACGACAUUAGCUCCUAAAACAUCACGAGUUCGUCGUCCACGUCCCAGACCUAAAACCACAUCAAGCCCUGAAGCACCUCAGACCAAACCGGCUCCCACUGAACUGCAAACUCUUAUUUUGAAACCAGUGACAUCACCAAGCCUAGAAAUGACACAAAGUCAACCUGUUUCUGAAGUCCUGGAAUCGGUUACGUUUAGCACUGAGUCAUCAAAGGAAGCUAUAGCACCAGCUGAAAUAGAUUAUGUAUAUUCCACUGCCAAAGCACCACUCAGGCCAGAAGAGCCAAAGACUGAAGUUGUGGAAUCUAUUACAAAUAUGUCUGAACCACCCAAGACCACACUAGUUACCGUAGAAACAUCACCUCUGCCUUCCCAAACUGUAAUCCUACCCAGCCCAGAUGAGCCUCAGACCGAACCGGCUCCCAAGCAGACACCGUGGGCUCCUCCCAAACCAAAAACAUCUCCACAUCCAAGAAUCCCACCGACACAACCAGCUCCUAAGCUGUUCCAGCGUGUUACUCCGAAGCCAAAGACAUCACCAAGUCCAGAAGUGUCCUAUACUCCACCUGUUCCAAGAGAUGUGCUCCUUCCCCAUAAAGCAGACCCUGAAGUCUCUCAGAGUGAACCUGUUCUGCAGCCUGUUACCUUUAGAAUCGAUCUGCCAGAGACGACACUAGCUCCUUUAGAGACACGAGGCAGCCCUUUCAUUCCUAUGAUUUCACCACAUUCUAGUCAAGAGGAACUACAAACGACUCUGGCAGAAACAGACCAAUCCACCCAAGGAUUCUUCACAACUAAAGUUCCACGAACAACUGAAUUGACAAAGACAACUCAGGCACCACACAGAUUGUAUACAACUCCUGGGAGGCCCAGAAUACCUGACAAACCAUACAUCAGACCUGUUCUGAAUAAGACAACUACAAGACCUAGUAGACCCAAACCCAGUACGACACCCAAAGAGAAUGGAAUGGGAACAGAGGUCAAGCAGGCACCACUGCCACCCAGUGCUGGUAGAAACACGUCAGUGGACUUUCCUCACUCCACAAAAAAGCCAGCCACAAUCCCAGGCACUCGUCGCCCACCCUUGCCACCUAGACCCUUGCCCCCACGAAGAAAGCCUUUACCGCCAAAUAAUGUCACCGGAAAGCCAGGAAGUGCAGGAAUCAUUUCAUCAGGCCGAGUAACUUCCCCACCCUUGAGGGCAACACUCAGACCUACUGAAGCCCCCUUGGAGAGAACAGAGACAGAUAAAAAGCAACCAACAGCUCCUGCCUCAGGAGAAGAUCUUGGUAAUGCAACUGACUUUAGCUCAAGUCCAACAAGAGAAACUGAUCCUCUUGGGAAGCCCAGAUUCAAAGGUCCUCACGUGCGGUAUAUUCAAAAGCCUGACAACAGGCCCUGCUCCAUCACUGACUCUGUCAAACGAUUCCCCAAAGAGGAAGCCACAGAGGGGAAUGCCACCAGCCCACCGCAGAACCCACCUACCAACCUCACUGUGGUCACUGUGGAAGGGUGUCCCUCCUUUGUCAUUUUGGACUGGGAUAAGCCACUCAAUGACACUGUCACUGAAUAUGAAGUUAUAUCCAGGGAAAAUGGGUCAUUCAGUGGGAAGAACAAGUCCAUCCAAACUACAAAUCAAACCUUCUCCACAGUAGAAAAUCUAAAACCAGACACAAGCUAUGAAUUCCAGGUGAAACCCAAAAACCCACUUGGUGAAGGCCCACCCAGCAACACAGUGGCAUUCAGUACUGAAUCAGCUGACCCAAGAGUGAGUGAGCCAGUUUCUGCAGGAAGAGAUGCCAUCUGGACUGAAAGACCCUUUAAUUCAGACUCUUACUCGGAAUGUAAGGGCAAACAGUAUGUCAAAAGGACGUGGUAUAAAAAGUUUGUAGGGGUGCAGCUGUGCAACUCUCUCAGAUACAAGAUUUACCUGAGUGACUCCCUCACAGGGAAAUUUUAUAACAUAGGUGAUCAGAGAGGCCAUGGAGAAGAUCACUGCCAAUUCGUGGACUCAUUUUUAGAUGGACGCACAGGACAGCAACUCUCUUCUGACCAAUUACCCACCAAAGAAGGCUAUUUCAGAGCAGUUCGCCAGGAACCUGUCCAAUUUGGAGAAAUUGGUGGUCACACCCAAAUCAAUUAUGUUCAGUGGUAUGAAUGUGGGACCACAAUUCCUGGAAAAUGGUAGAUGCUGCAGUCACAUUCAAGUGCCUUCUGUUUCAUCACGGCAGAAAAUCUUCGGAAACAGUAUGCUAUUUGUCACAUGCAUUUAAAGCUCUUAUGUUUACUGUGUAUAAAAGUUUAAAAUCUAAUAACAAUAUUAGAUGUUUAUUAGAAAGAUUGCUAAGAAUAUUUAUCAGGUUUUACAAAGUCAUUUUAAGAAAGCAAGAUAUUGACAUUAACAGAAUAACAUUUUGGGGGAAGCUGGCUCCCUGUUCAUGAUAUUUUAAGAGAUCACUUGUAUAUUAUUUAUCACACUGUUGUAAUGAUGUUUUGAGAUACUUUUAUAGCAAAAUUAACAUCAAAAAACUAAUAUACUUUAAAAAAGUUUACUUUUAUUGUGUAUUCCUCCUAUUGGUGAGUUAAUUCCAUAAAUCUCUACUUGGUUUAACUUAUUAGAUCAAAUUAUCUUCAGCAUAUACACCUGGGGGAAAAAGGUCCUAAUAUCCACGUUUAUUUAAACUUCAACUUUUUAGCAGCAGCUGAGUAUCUUUUUUGAAGCGUUUAAAUAGUUAACCAUUCAUUGCUAAUAUACAUUUCCUUAAAUAUCUGCAAAUUACUGAAAAGAUUUUGUUUGAAUCAGUAAAUUUCAUUUCAGCUGAAAAUGGAAUUGAGAACUUUAUAUUGUUUCAAAAUACAUAUUUUGUUCUUUCUCUACCCUUAAAUAUGUUACAAUGUCUGAAUGUUCUUUGUCAAACUAUCCCUUUAAGCAGUUGUGUUCAUAUUGUUAAUAUAAUUCUAAUCAAGCUGUAUAUGGAGACUUUAAAGUCUAAGCACAAAAGGAUAAUGCAUGAUGAGAUCCCUACCAUUUUAUAGGAUAUUUACUAUAUUUUUACACAGAUCUCUAGGGAAUGACUGUAUCAGAGGCUGUUUUCACAAUUCUAACUCAACCUGUAAUGAAAAUCUGACUCAUCUUUAUGUAAAAAAUUGUUUUUCUCCUUCAUUUGGGGAGAUAGGAAUGCUGCAUUGUUGCCCUCGUUCUUAAAGGACCUUUCUGUGCUUACACCUUUCAACAUGCUUCACUUUUAUCAAUACUUCAUUUUAUAUUUUUCAAACAAGUAUAAACUCUGCAAUAAACAGAUGUAGUUUUUUUUAA